AGCAAAAUAUUAAGAACAAAUUCUUAAUAUCUAGAUGUGUUCGAUCAAAACACUGCCGAAAAAAAUCUAGAUAUGAAGCAUUAUAAAUGAUAUAGUUACUGGGCUCAGAUGAUGUCAUUGAUUGAGUGGCCCUUCAAUCCAACCCAUAGCAGCAAAUUUGCGGUUAAGCUUCAACUUGUAAGUCAAAUUUGCACUAAAAACAAGAGUGUGCGGUUGGAAUCUCAGAGAAGCAUGACGAGAAAUCACGCAAUAAGCCCAACAAUCCGAUCACGAUGAGGACUACAUCGGAAUUCAUGGACAAACAAAUCAUGGAACUUUCUCGAUCCUACUCCGACGAUUUCUCUCAGCUCACAUACCCUCCUCAUCAACUGGGAAACGACAACGACGACGAUCUACUCUCCAGCGUCCAUUUCCGCCCCGUACGACACGGCGUCCCGCAGCAGUCACGCGCCUCCACGCUUGAGAAUCGCGGUUCUAUGGAUCAAAUUGAACGGGAGCAAUCCAGGGACUCCGCGUUGAUUGCGGUGAUUGAUGGGAAGAUGAAUCAGCAUUUUGGGAACUUGCUGCAUGCGGUGGAGGGUCUCAGCGCACGAGUUUCUCAGCUGGAGACUCGGUUGCGCCUAGUUGAGAAUUCUGUUGACGACUUGAAGGAUUGUACCGAUUAUAACUAUGGCAAGACUGAUGGGAAGCUGAGGGAAGUUGAGAACAUUUUAAGAAAGGUUGAAGGUGGUAUGCAGGAUUUGAGAGAUAAGCAAGAGAUCGCAGAGGCUCAGCUGCAGCUUGCAAAACUUCAAAUGCUUAAGGAUCACCAGAAGUUGGAACAAGAAAAGAGCAAUGUGCAAACAACUUCAGUAUCCGCUCCUCAGCAAACACACCAAUCAUAUUCAACUCCUGUUGCUUCUGUACAACAUCCUUUUCUUCCUACUGAUAUUGCCCCAACCCUGACCCAUCAGAACUUUCCACCAGCACCCACAGCAGCUCAGCUUCCAGCUCAAUCAUCUCAGUAUCAAUUCCCUUAUAUUCAAAAUCCAGAUUCUAACUACUCAGCACCUGUGUUGAAUCCACCGCCCGCACCUCAGGCAUACUACAAUUCUCAAGUUCAGCAGUCACAACCACCUCCCACAGCACCAUAUCAACCCUAUCCAGCAGUGCCAAAUCCUUCACAAACAUCACAUUUUCAGCAGCAGAGUCAACUUCACCUGCCUCUCAAUCCUCCUGAUCCACAAACUCAGUAUUCAUCGAUUCACAAUCCAGCAGAAACCCCGUAUGGGUUAUCUCAAAGCUAUCCCCAAAGCAUCCACAAAACCUCUAAUGCACCUGGCUUGGUUCUAUCACCACAACAACAGUUUGAUGGUUCCAUGCAGUAUACACAUGACCGAUCUACUAGAAAUUACAGCACAGAUUUCUCCCCUGGAAAUAUGCAACCAGUUCAACGUUCAAGCUACGAUGACUUUUAUUCCCAUGGCGACUUUUAUUCCCAUGGCGGAUCUCCUUCUCACUACAGUGAUUCAAAAAUGAAACAGUCACAAGUAUCACCAUCCUCUUCAGUCGCUUCUGGUGGAAACAAUUUCUCAAGACUGCCCACUGCAAAGGUAUUGCCAUAUGCAUUACCCAUGGCUGCCAGCGUGGAUAAGGAGUCGGAUGCUGGCGGGACUGGAAACCGUGUUCCACUUGAUAAUGUCCGCAUUCCAGUUGAUAAUGUCAUUGAUAAAGUUGUAUCUAUGGGAUUCCGAAGGGACGUGGUCAGAGCAACAGUCAGGAAAAUGACCGAGAAUGGGCAGUCAGUGGACCUUAAUGUUGUGCUGGAUAAGCUGAUGAACAGUGGAGAAGUUCAGUCCUAAAGUGGUGGAUUUGGUCGGUAACAUGGUUUCCCCAAAUACGUCUUUCUGAUUUGAUUCUAUGAUCAAUAUGAACUUGUAUGCUUCUCUAUAUUCAGUUGCUCUUUUGUUGUGUGCUUCUCUAUCAUGUGAUAUAUACCCACCACCUCUAAUCUUUUUCAUGUUUGCUAUGUAAAUAGAAUGUGUAAUGAUGUUUGACAUGUACUCUAUGAAUGUAAAUUCCAGAAAAUACUGUACUAAGUGUUCUUGUUGUGUUGUUUAUCAUGACAAUGCAUAACUUCUGGGGAAAUGCUUGAAUCAAUAUAUUGACACUGUUU